AGCUAAUGAUUGCAUUAAUAAAAAUUCGAACCCGUUUCUAAUUUAAUCAAACUGCAAUAAUACUAAAAAUUGAAAUUGUAUAAAAGACAAAUCCGUGGUGCAGAAGGCAUCAUUCAGGAAUCAUCCAUCCAGAAUACCACCAACCCCAAAAAUGAAAUUCGUUGUCUUGGCUCUCGCUUUGAUUGGUGCUGCUUCAGCCGGUUAUGUUUCUCCAGUCGGAGGCUUCGGCUAUGGUGGAGCUAUUGCUCCAGCUGUCACCGCUGCUCCAAUUGCCGCCUACGGACACGGAUAUGCCGCCCCAACUGUAGCUGCCUACGGACAUGGUUAUGCUGCUCCAGCGGUUGCUGCCUAUGGACAUGGAUAUGCUGCUCCAGCCGUUGCUGCCUAUGGACAUGGAAUCGGUGCUCCAGCCAUUGGUGGCUUUGGACAUGCAUACGCCGCUCCAGCCUGGGGAUAUGAUGGUCUCUGGAAGAAGAAGAAGGCUUCUGCCUAAAUUGUGAAUGAUCCAAGCUUGUGAAAUAAAUUGAUUGAAAAACACAA